CGCAACCCAGGGCGAAGAUGGAAGGCUGUUCACGACCCGGCUUUUUGUGUGUGCUGUGUUUUGUCCUCCAUUAAUCUCUCCUUUCGUCUGAUUUUAGUCAUUCUGGAUCGAUAAUCCAGUGAGGGCAGACCGUAGGUGGCGUCUAUCCAACACGUAUCGACCCCCCCGUCCCCAGAACCCCUUAUAGGAUAAAAGAGCAAACAAAGGGUUCGGGGGGAUCCGGCGUGCCCUUCCUCUGCGCCCUGUACGCGCGAGCGAAGGCGAUCUUGCUGAAAUUGCGCACCGCGACGCACAAGAGGACAUGUGUGCGCAUCAGCGAUGCAGUUGAACUUCACCACCUCUGACAGACCUUAGAGUCAUUUGGAUGUCGCCGCAGUAAAAAAACAAAAACAAAAAACAAACAAAAAACAAAAAAAAACCGCGAUUCAUGCUUAACCUCACGCGUGGCAGGACGGGAAUGAUUUGGAUUUAAACGCCAACAAGUGGAAACUGGUCAUGUAUUCGUUCACCGGGACCCUGACUGAUCUGCGCUGACACACGGAUUUGACCGAUUCGGUUUAAUGUGACGACGGGAGACGCUGUGUUGAUAUAUCCCACAUUUAGCGACAUAUGGUCUGCUGUGGGAGGCGCAGGUUCGAAGCUAUCGACCCACCGACCCCCUUCCUCUUCGCAGCGCGUCUUCGGCGGGGCUGGAACGGACAGAGUCGGGGACGCUGAGGAAUGCGGAGCCGGGAUUUUGUCUUUUCCAGCUCACCUGCGGAACUCUUCGCAGCGCACACCAAACCGACCGACGCAGCCGGGGAGCCCGCAGGGCGCCAUGCUGAGGCAGAUCCUCCUCAACUCCACCGACGCCCCGGACUUCGACCUGGUGCUCAUGGCCCAGUCCUCCACGCACGCCCCCUCCUCCCUGAACGCCUCCCACGGCGGCUCGGUGAGCGUGGCCGCUCUCCUGAGACCCACCACGGGGCGAGGCGGAGGAGGGCUCCGGGAGGGCGAGCUCCACAAACCGGACCUGAUCACCUACAUAGUCAUGUGCCUACUGCUCUUCCUGCUAGUGCUGCUCAUUGUGUUCUUCAUCAACUGCCAACUCCGGAACUCUUUCUUCGCUUCCAUGCCAUAUGACAGGUCGCUGAGAGAGGCCCGGACCUCCUACAAGUAAGGCUACAGGUCCAACCUCUGGGACUCUGAGACUCCUUGGGUGGGGGGGGGGAUGGGGGGGUGGGAGUUAAGGACUUAACUGGUCCCCCCUGAACUGCUUCUACGCGUACUGAACUCAUGAAGUAGUUGCCUUUAUCAGUUCUCUUGGACACAUUGGAUGUUCUAAAUAAUCUGGAAUCCACAGCAAGACCUAACAUGAACAGUCAGGGGCUCGGUUGUGCCAAAUGUCGCCCAGUUCAAGGCCAACAGCCCCAUCCCCAAGAGACAACCCUUCAGACCAAGAGGGGCUUUUCAGCAGAUGAGGUGUUUAUGGGCCUGCUGCAGGUGGAAAGAUAACAAUUUAACCCCCCGAUUGAAUUGGUGACACUCAUAUUUUCUGGCAGUUAAUGAAUGAAUUGUGAAAUGAUGCAUCAUCCCCUGCAACCCCUACUUAUGGUCUCCUCAAAAGCACUUUGGAAACAAGUUAUUUCCCUUACAGUACACUCCCAACUUGUGUUUAUUCAUCUUGCUUACAAAUCUGACCUGUCGCCUGCAGUUUGGGCACAAAUUCAUGAUAUUUCACACUGGCUCUGACAACAUGACUGUUUUUUGUUGUUGUUGUUUCCAAGGAAAUGUGACUUAUAUGAGCACAGAAAGAGUCUACAGUAGUUUGUAUAUACAGUAUUUUGUAUGACUGUAACUUAACUGUCUUGUCUUGUGAAAUGAUGCAAUCGACACACAAUUUCCACCCCUUCGUCCACUGUAAAAUGGUGAUUAAAUGACAGACUGUAGGCCUAUAUCGUCACAUAAAGGUAUUUAAAUGUA